AUUGGUGACCACGGAAUCAGUGCUUGCCGUGAUCGCAGUGAGUUUGGCAGGUUUGACGUUGGACCUACAACAAGCCAAGUGGUUUCCUGUCAUUUAUACCCCUACAAGUGAAUCGUUGGUGGCCGAGGUGUGGGAGGCAAGUGUUCGUUAUUUUUUUGGGUAAACUGGAAGCUAACUAUACCGUGUGCAUCUACCGACCGACCAACACGUAAGGAAGCCGUGACAAAGUGAGAUGUUAAAUGUGUAAUUUAUCGUCGACGUAGUCGAAAUUCUUAUUAAAUAGCGAAUUGGUGUAGAGAAGAAGUGAGCGAGUAAGUGGUGAACAGCAUGCAAGCGUGGUUUUAUUACCUACAAUUUUCUACAUGUGUGGGUUAAAUUCUAGGCCGAGGCGUCAAUGAAAACAAGCAUUUUGAUAAAAGCAGAGUGUAAUUUAACAAGCUCGCGCAACGAAUGAGAAUGUUUUGGGAGGAAAAAUGGUGAAUUAAUAUUACCGCCGGGUCAAAUUAUCGAGAAACAAUUUCGUGAACGCAAACAGUUUGUAGCAGCGGUAAAAUGUGAAAGUACUCAACCGAAAAUAAAGGCCCCGAUUGUUACGGCUGCGGGAACUAAAAUUUAAUUGUACAAUCAGUGCAAUCUACGAAAUGUACGCAAAGCAGAAAGGACGAAGCACAGACAGUGGCUCGUGAUCAGAGGUACUAGUUUAUUCAACACAGUCCUGGGAAUACGUACCAGCAGCGGUGUAAUUUUCGUUAACGGAUUUUGUCCGCCGUAUUACACGCCGAAAAACACGUGCCAACCGUCAUCAGCUGACACAUAUACGGGGGGACCUGGAUUAGGCAAAGCUCAAGAUGGAAAACUUUUUCCCUCCGCUUGCGUCAUCAUCGCUUCACUCGGUAGGAGCGCUGAAAUGCCCUGAAUCGAACCAGAAGGGCAGCGAGUUUUGAAAAACUUUUAGCGAAUUCACCACCAGGCAAGCCGGGAGGUGCCAUCAUCGGCGUAAUGUUUUCAUGUCUCAUCAGCUGUACAUACACAUCGGAAGCUAUUCGUGAGUGAAAAAUUUAUUGAAUCGGAAAAUAUAUCUUCCACCUACUACUACAUGUGUAUAGUAAAGUGCGGUGUGUACAAGUGCUCCGAGGGAAUUACUCCGGUGGCAAGCGAAAAACGCGCAAGUUAGUGAGGAAAUUAUUUCCGCAACGUCAUCGCCACGCGACGUAAGACCUGUCUAACGUCUCCUGAUCGGGACGAAAGUUGUUUGAUGUACUCAAGUGAACAUAACCAAACAGGCAAAGAAAAACAAGUUUUCCUCAAGUUUUCAGCAGCGAAAGAUAGCAAGAAGCAGGGGUGAACUUUAACACCCAGUACAACUAGUAACGGAGAAGACAUCCCGAGGUGAGAAGAUCCGUUAACGAUGGCAACCAACGUUUUCAAGUGGGAAAAACUCUCGCCAAGUGAAUUCCAGCAGCUGCAGGAUCUAGCAUCGUACUCUACGAAAAAGCUGCAGAACGUGCUGCACGAAUUUUACUCGGCCACCACUCCAUCAGCGUCACGAUUUCAACCGGAUGGGGAUGUUGACUACGAAGGAUUUCGCCGCUUUCUGGAUGCGUUCCUUGACUGUGAAACGCCGGAGGAGCUGUCCAAGCAUUUAUUCAUAUCAUUCCUGAGGCCUGCCCUGUACCAGGCACAGCAAAUUCAUGGGAAGGCGCUCAGCCAAAUGGCUGCUAUCAGCAGCAAUGCAGCUUGUGCUCCGGUGACGUCUCAUAAUCGGGGGUCUAUUCCCAAUCUGAACAACGUCAUUGACCUGCCAACACCGCAGCCUUCGCAGGAAUCCCAGCGAAAUAGCUUCGUGGAACGGAUACACGGCAUCACGGACAAGCUCCAAUCUCUGGGUCACCUGGGGCAUGAAAGCAGUGACCGGCAAGGCAAAAGUGGAACUGUCCACCCCAUGCUGACGGUGACGCCAAGCCCUAUGGGAGGCAACACGUCAAUCCUGCAGGCUCCCUUCCGGCGGUCGGCCGAUUCCAGCCCGUCGCACAGUCACAGUCACAGCCAUUCGCAAAUUUCACGAAACUCCUCCCGCAAAAGCAACAACUCCGUCAACUGUCGAAUCGAAGAUAUUCGUCUACAAGCGCGUAAGCAAUCCUAUCUGGAUCCGCUGCUCUUCAAAGUACCACUGAAGGAUGUUGUCUGCUAUCUGUCACUGCUGGAAGCUGGACGGCCGGAGGAUAAAUUGGAAUUUAUGUUCCGGCUGUACGACACCGACGGAAAUGGCGUUCUGGACACCACCGAAACGGACGCGAUCGUAAAUCAAAUGAUGUCCGUCGCAGAGUAUCUCGGCUGGGAUGUGUCCGAACUGAGACCGAUCCUGCAAGAUAUGAUGACGGAAAUCGACUACGACGGUGACGGUUGCGUCUCGCUGGAUGAAUGGCAACGGGGAGGACUAACCACCAUUCCCCUUCUGGUGUUACUCGGUGUUGAUAAUACACUGAAGGAGGACGGUUACCACGUGUGGCGGCUGAAACAUUUCAAAAGGCCGGCUUACUGCAAUCUGUGCCUCAACAUGCUGGUCGGGCUCGGCAAGAAGGGCUUAUGUUGUGUGCUGUGCAAAUACACGGUUCACGAACGGUGCGUCCAGCGAGCGCCGGCUUCCUGCAUUGCAACCUACGUCAAGUCGAAAAAAUCAAAAGCCACUUCGACCUUUCAGCAUCACUGGGUCGAAGGCAACUGCUACGGUGCGUGUUUCAAAUGUCGGAAGCGAAUCAAGGCCUAUAACGGCAUUACUGGAUUAACUUGUCGCUGGUGCCACAUGAUGCUUCACAACAAAUGUGCACCGCAGAUAAAGGCGGAAUGCAACCUGGGUGAAUUUGCUAACGCGGUUCUACCACCCACCGCCAUCUGCCCGGCCGUACUGGAUCGUCAGAAGUCAAUCAAUUUCGCCACCAGUAGGGGAAAGAGCAUACCGUCGACGAUACACUUUCAAAUCACAACUACCGCAAAUACGUGCCCUCUGUUGGUGUUCAUCAAUCCGAAAAGCGGCGGCCGACAAGGAGACCGCAUACUGCGGAAAUUUCAGUACCUGCUAAAUCCGCGACAGGUGUACGACCUGUCGAAAGGUGGCCCCCUGGAGGGCCUAACGAUGUUCAAAGACGUUCCCAAUUUUAAUGUGAUAUGCUGUGGUGGCGACGGAACGGUUGGCUGGGUGCUCGAGGCAAUGGAUUCCAUUGAGCUGCAAUGCCAACCGUCGAUCGGGGUCAUACCGCUAGGAACGGGGAAUGACCUGGCCAGGUGCCUACGGUGGGGUGGGGGCUAUGAGGGCGAAAGUAUUCCUAAAAUCUUAGAUAAGAUCCAGCGUUCUACGGUGGUAAUGCUGGACCGGUGGAGCAUCGAGGUUAAAAACCAUCCCAUUACGCACGAAGAGCCCCCGUUUAUACCUACUAAUAAGGUACUACAGAUUACGAUAUCGGAAAACGUGCAUAAAGUUGUGGAGCUCUCGCAAAGGAUAAUAGAGGAAAAAUCUGUGAUUCAAUCGAAUGAUGAGUUUAAAAAUAGUACAAAAACUACCGAGAUAUCGAUAGAAAACACAAAACGUGUCAUUCUAAGUGACAAUAAUAGCACUUCCGUACACCAACAGUCGACGAUGACAGCGAUGACGUCGUCAUCGUCAUCAGCAUCGUUCUCGAAAGAAAUUAUUCAGCAAACAACCGCCGUCCCUACCACCAGCACCGCCACCAGCGGCAAGGACACAGUCGCAGAUCCGGCAUCGCACUCGAAUAUGAUUGUUAAUAGCUGCAGCAGUUCCGAGUGUCACACGGAAGCCAUCAGCAACCGUGGCAAUGGUGACAGCGACGGCCAACGCCGCCAACCACUUCCGGGUGGCGGUUCCACCAUUACAACGGCAAACGCAAACAGCUCCGACAGUCACGCCAGAAACGGCGAAGAUGGCAUCGAUGAUAAGACACGUGCUGCUGGGACGAGGACGGCGACGACAACGACGACGACAACUGCAGCGGCGGAAAAACCUCAACUGCCACCACCGACGACGACGGCGACGGCGAUCAACACCAAGGAGAGAAGUAAUGACCUGCCCAAGCUGAUCAAACCGCAGGCAGCUUCGGAAUUCACCGUACCGUACAACAUUAUCAACAAUUACUUCUCCGUGGGUGUGGAUGCAGCGAUCUGUGUGAAGUUUCACUUAGAACGGGAGAAGAAUCCGCACAAGUUCAACAGCCGUAUGAAAAACAAGCUUUGGUACUUCGAGUACGCCACAUCGGAAACUUUCGCUGCUUCGUGCAAAAAUUUGCACGAAAAUCUAGAGAUUGUGUGUGACGGUGUCUCGUUGGAGCUGGCGAAUGGGCCACAGCUGCAGGGCAUUGCGCUGCUCAACAUUCCCUACACGCACGGCGGGUCGAAUCUGUGGGGCGAACAUUUGUCACAGAAACGAAUGCGAAAAGGUCCCUUUCGGAAGAAGCUGAAAAACUCCGACAAAGAGCUGUCGGCCAACAGUUUCAACUCGGUUGAUCUUUCUAUUGCAAUUCAAGAUAUUGGAGAUCGUCGAAUUGAAGUGAUUGGAUUGGAAAACUGUCUUCACAUGGGUCAGGUCCGAACGGGACUGAGGGCUUCCGGUAGACGAUUGGCACAGUGCAGUGAAGUGGUGAUUACCACCAAAAAGACGUUCCCAAUGCAGAUAGACGGCGAACCAUGGAUGCAAGUUCCUUGCACGAUUCGGCUAACUCACAAGAAUCAAGUUCCGAUGUUGAUGGCCCCACGCUCCGAGAAGCGUGGUGGAUUCUUCAGCUUCCUGAAAAGAUGACUAACAAGAAGGUCGGACUCCGAUACUCCGGCCAACGAACCCUAGCAGAGUCUGUCCGACGCCUAAAAACGUCACAUGUUUUAAGAAAUCGUUUGAACGGUAUCACAAAUGCCAACGCAACGCAAGCAGAAUAUCGACAACUGACAACAAUAGCUUUAAUCAGGAACCAAUACCAAAAAAUACAGAUCAAAGCGUAGGUAAUAUUUAACUUAAACCAUUAGACGACGGCAAGUUUUGGUCCAGGGAUUUGUACUCCAAACCAUAUUUGCUGGAUACACCAGAUCCUGAAUCUACUUUUAAUUUUAUACGAAGACUCUAAUAGACAAACGUAACAUAUUAUACAGUAUAUAAUGUAAGAAAAGCGAUUUCGUAUCGAAAUUCGACUAUGAUAGAGUAAGGAAUUGGUUUCUGCUCCAAGAACAAAAAUUUCUCCCACCUUCCUUAACACACAAGAAACUUAAUAGUCCCACACACAGCGCACCACCAAAGUUUGCAAACAAGAACUGAUCCUACAUUUUACAAAACUGGCCCCUCAGGUCGUUUAACGAAAGAGUAUAACAUAUGUAUAGACCCAAAGCAACGUAGAGAAAAAGAAAACCUAAGUGACUAAAAUUGUUAUGUUAGCUGAAUAAUUUUAAUUCUGUUAGAUAAUCGGUCGGCCACCAAAAAGAAGGGGGCCACAACGUACGGUGCGAGAGAUUUGUAUAUUUACAUGAACGUGUGCUUAAACUUACGCCCAUGUUGUUGCGAUUGUGUUUCGAUAUUCGAGGUACGUCCCGUAUCUGUUAAUUGUGAUCAUAGAACCGGAUAUUAUUAUUACCUGCUACCUACAUAUAUUAUUGCUGUUGGACACACUGCUGUCACGAUAAUCCUAGAGUACCUAUAUAUAAACGAUGUAAAUCAGUGGAAUUAUUCUAACGACGUAUCAAAGACUCACCACAACUCAACGUGAUGAAAAUGCUCGGUUUAUGUGCUUUAAAAAAUCUAGUUAAGAAAUGUGGGUAUGCUGUGAAAUGUUACUUUUAGGACCUUGAAGUUCUUACAGAAAGAUAAAAUUAGGUCAUCAUUUCAUUUCUUUACGGGCCAAACUAGAAAGAAAGAAUAGU